AUGAUGAAAGGGCUGCGAAGAGUAUCGAGGGGCUUCAGCUCUGCCGCUUACAAAUACGACCUAGCGGUCAUAGGCGGCGGUCCUGGAGGCUACACCACUGCUAUAAAAGGAGCGCAGCAUGGAUUGAAGGUUGCUUGCAUAGACAGAAGGAAGACGCUCGGCGGCACCUGUCUUAACGUCGGUUGCAUCCCAUCGAAGUGCCUGCUCAGCACAUCACACAACUACCAGGUCGCACGCACGGGACUCACUGGAGUGAAAUUGUCCGGAGUAGCCGUUAACCAUGAAGAGAUCAUGUCCUCGAAGGCGAAGAUCUUCAAGACUUUGGACGCAGGCAUCAAGGGGCUUUUCAAAAAGAACGGAGUUGAUUUUAUCAGCGGACACGGAACACUCGUUGCCCCAAAUGAAAUACAAAUUGAAGGAGGGGAGAAAGUAACGGCCAAAAACAUCAUCAUCGCCACCGGAUCUGAAGUGACCAGAUUCCCCGGAGAUUCGCUUAAAAUAGACGGUAAACGUAUUAUCAGCUCCGAUGAGGCGCUGAUGCUGGACGAGGUGCCGAAGACGAUGGUGGUCAUUGGAGGAGGCGCCAUCGGCCUUGAACUUGCAUCGGUUUGGAGUCGUCUCGGAGCCAAGGUCACAAUCGUAGAGUAUGGCAACACGCUUUGCCAAGCCAUGGACCAAGACGUAUCAGCGACCAUUAAAAAGCUCAUCGAAAAGCAGGGAAUCGAGGUCUCUGUCAGCACGAAAGUGCUGGGAGGGGAAGCCAAGGAAGACUGCGCAGUAGUUACCGCCGAAAAGAACGGGCAGAAGAUUGAGUUCAAAGGAGAUGUGGUCCUUCUAGCCAUGGGAAGGAGACCGUUCACAAGCAACCUCGGGCUGGAGAACCUGGGUAUUAAAACUGAAAGGGGUUGUAUAGUGGUUGACGAUAAACUCAGAAUCCCCAACCACCCAAACAUCAGCGCCAUCGGAGACGUCAUUCCCGGGCCCAUGCUAGCUCACAAGGCCGAAGAGGAUGGAUCAGUCGCCCUCGGCAACAUUCUGGGGAAAGACCUUGGACACGUAAACUGGAAUCACGUCCCCAUGGUUAUAUACACGCAUCCAGAGGUUGCAGGAGUUGGAAGCACCGAGCAAUCUCUUAAGGCUGCCGGCGUGGCCUACAAGAAGGCCAGCUUCCCGUUCGCUGCCAACUCCAGGUCUAGAGUCGCCGGCGAAACUGACGGUUUCGUGAAAAUAUUGGCCGACAAUGACAACAAGAUACUCGGCGGUUGGAUUAUAGGACCACAAGCUAGCGAGCUAAUAGGUCAAAUCACCCUAAUGAUGGCUUGCGGACUCACCACCGUGGAUGUUUCGAAGGUAUGCUUUGCCCACCCAACGAUCUCGGAGGCGCUCAAGGAGGCAUGCAUGGCCAUACAUCACAAGGCCACGCAUUUAUAA